CGACAUCAAACGUCAAAUGAAGUCUUAGCAAAUAUUGAUAAGGUUGAAUCACACAUUUAUCAAUUAUUAUGUAUUAAGCUCAUGAAUAAAUUUGCGUAUGGUAAAGAAGUUGAAAGCAGUUAUCUUGAUUGUAAUUUAUAUAAACAUUGUAAUUGCUCAAUACAAUAUGUCCAAGGAAAAACAUGCAGAGACUUCCAAAAACAAAUACUCAAUACUCUUACCAACUUACAAUGAAGUGGAAAAUCUUCCAAUUAUCAUUUAUCUUAUAGUAAAAUAUAUGAAUAAGAGCAACUGUGAUUAUGAGAUAAUAGUAAUAGAUGAUGGAAGUCCAGAUGGCACACUUGAAGCAGCAAAGCAGCUCCAAAAAAUAUAUGGUGAGGACAAAAUUGUUUUAAGACCUAGAGAAAAGAAGCUUGGUUUGGGAACAGCAUAUAUUCAUGGUAUCAAUCAUGCUACAGGCAACUUUAUCAUCAUAAUGGAUGCUGACUUAAGUCAUCAUCCUAAAUUUAUAUCCCAAUUUAUCGAAAAACAACAAUCCCAAGAUUAUGAUGUAAUUUCUGGUACUCGCUACCUAGGAGAUGGAGGAGUAUCUGGUUGGGACUUCAAAAGAAAACUCGUGUCUCGAGGAGCAAACUUCCUCACCCAACUUUUAUUAAGACCUGGCGCAUCUGAUCUGACAGGAUCAUUCCGUCUCUACAAAAAAGAUGUUCUUGAAAAACUUAUCAAGAGCUGUGUGUCUAAGGGCUAUGUUUUUCAGAUGGAAAUGAUAAUUAGAGCCAGGGAGUUGAACUACAGUGUGGGUGAAGUGCCAAUUACCUUCGUUGAUAGAGUCUAUGGGGAAUCAAAGUUGGGAGGGUCAGAAAUUGUCCAGUUUGUUAGAGCAUUAUUGUAUCUUUUUGCUACUACAUAGAAAUUACUAAUAAACAUACUUUAUUCAUAUAGUUUAACUUUAAAGUUGUUUUAAAACAUUAAGAUAUCUUUUUAAUAUAAAAUUAAUUCCAUUAUUAAAUAUUAUUAAAAGUUGUAUUGUAAAUAAAAUUAUUUUUACCUAGCUAAA